GGCGGAUGGACGGCGGUUGCCUCGGCGUCCGAUCGCCGUUUGACGGACUUAACUGAGUUAUGAAGAAGAGGAAAAGUGGAAGUAAAAAGAAAAAAAGAAAAAGAAAAAAAGGUCAGCCUAGAGUGCCGGUGAUGCAUCAUAUUAAAGACUCUCUUCUCCUCGUCGGAUUUUCAUCUUCUGCAGAACUUUUCUCUCCCUCAGGUACACAUAACACUACCACCAUCCCAUCCAGCCUCCACAGCAAACAAAAGUACCUACAGAUCCAGCCAGAACAUCCUUACAGCACAGCAAAGCAGCCUGAUUGUCGAUAACCCAACCGAUAAGGCGCUCCCCCUCACCGCCCCAAUCCACCCCCCCCCUGAUUGGUCCCCGGAUAUCUGAGUCACCGAACGAGUCACUUCCACUUUUUUGGGUUGACUUCAUCAGCCAAACUUGCUCAUCCACCGCCUUUCCUGGAUCGCCCGCCAUGCCUUCCACUACUUCUUCUCCUCUUUCUUCCUCCACUUCUUCCUCCUCCUUCUCAUCCACUCCGACAAAGCCUUCUCUUUCUUCUUCCUUUCAAUCCGCCUACGCCAGUCCUUACUUUACUUCAUUGGCUCGCAGACGGCAACAGAAGAAAAUGAGCAUCACUCAGACCUACUACCUCGCCCACACCGCCCGGAAGAAGCUUACCCAACAGGCUGCCCGGGCGGACCACGACCUCCGCUUGCUGGUCGGACAUGCCAAUUUGCUCGAUUCGUUGAUGUUGGAGCUGGCAGAUGCAGAGCAGGAACAGGAGCGCUGGUUUAACCAGACGGUCAACGGAGCCACCAAGGCAUUGCAAGAAGAGCCCCGACACAUUCAAUGGGCCGAGACCGUGUUUGAAGACCCCGAGGAGGACUGGGACCCUGAAGAUGUUUCGGAUGCAGACUCUCUCAGCGAUGACUCGGACUUGGAUGAGGAGGAAGUCUUUGCUAUCAACACUCCCAUCCGUCGACGAGCACCGUCUCCCGUCGCCAUCAUCACCGAGGCGGAGGUCGAGGAAGACUACGAUUCGGAUUCCGACUCUGAUUUUGAAUAUGACGAUGCAGAGAACUUGGAGGAACUCAGCUUGACUCGCUCGCCGUCUCGACAGCCCCCUGAGCUGUCCUCCGACUCUGAGGAAGACUCGGAGGAUGAGACGAUGCCUCCAUCCCCCCCUCAACCCACUCUGGAAUCAUUUUCCGAGAAACAACCCCAAUCUACCGAAAUCCCACUUGCGAACCCCGAACAACCGGGUCUAUUUGAGCACGAGUAUUACGUUCCGGCCGAGCAGGGCACGAUUAUCGAAGCCUACUGAAUGCUUUGAUUGACCUGCAUCGAUGUACCAUACCUGAUACCGUGAUACCCAUUUCAUGACCUGUUUGUUUUUUGAGCGAGUGAUAUACCAUUGCAAGGCGUUUUGGAACUCAUACAAGUUGGUUGCAUUUACAUUUACAUUUAUUUACAUUUGAUUUUGGAUACGCUUUGGCGUAAGAGUACAGAUUACUCAUACUAUGAUACAUAGCACACAAUAUAUACAAAUUACUCAACUCAUCAUCAACUUAGUAAAUCAUCUUAAUCUUCAUAUUCUUUCAUCUUCGUACUUUCAGUAUGUUGGGCAGAAUCCCAC